AUGUUUCGUCUGGGAGAGCCACCUUUGCGGCGUGACAACCCCACGGACAAAGUUGACGUUGUUUCCACUGUACCGUACGUAACCGAGGAAUACCAGGUUGAGAAUUCAGACAAGACGACAACAGAUCAACUGCAGCAAGAAACAGACAAAACCGUAAUCCGUGUGACUGAGAACGGGCAGUACACUUCAGAUCAGACCAGAUCGAUCAAUGAUGAAUAUAACCUGCCCCCUCAGACCAAGACUCCUAUUGAGCUGUUUGGUGCUGGAUAUUCACGAAUCGGAGCAACCGGUCGUCCGUCAGACGCGGACGAGUCCACUGUGAUCGAGAGCCCGCAAGCGAGGGCAGAUAAUCGUGUGGAUUCAAGUGCAUCACCAUUUUUCACCGACAACUUUGAUUUCGGCAGUGCACAAACGUUCGAGAAUGAUGGCACGACUGAGGCGCACGGAGAAAGUUUGCCAAUGUUCACCAUGUCUGACGCUAGGAUCGUGAAAGACCAAACCGUGGGGUUGCCAAAACCGAAAAAAGAGAUCAGAUUCACCGAGCCCACUGUUGAAGUGUUCCAGGCGGAACAACUAUUUCCGGGGGAGAAGGGAACACUGAUGAGGCACUCAGAAUCACUGCAACCAGUUCCGGAUACGGAAAAGGAUGACUGGGUGGAUCGGGAAACCACAACAGAUACGAGUGACCCGUCAGAUGAGCUGGAGGUCAACACUGCCCGAGAGGCAUGUUACCAGCGUCCGAUCAUUCAACCGUGCUCAGAAGAUGUGUUUCGAGAAGGUCCAACAACAUCCACUUGGUACUAUGACCCGGUUGAAAUGGCUUGCCAUCUCACCUCGGACUGUAUUACAAAUGCGAACUCAUUUCCGACAGAAAAGGCUUGCAAAUCGACCUGUAUUCGCCGAUGUUUGGCACCUCCAAAGGCCGGAUAUUUUCACUGCUCCCAGCAAAACCCGUCACUGGCUGUCGCCCCUAUCCUGAUGGUGUUCUUUGACAAGACUACAGGAAAAUGUCGAUGGUUCACCUAUUACGGUUGUGGAGGUACGGCCAAUCGAUUCCGUUCGAUCGCGGAGUGUGAGGCCACGUGUAGUGACUUGGUGGCAUCAAAAAUAUUUCUCGUCGCCUCCGAUUUGUGUCAGACCGCUCCGACAGUGGAGUUGAAUCGCAGUUGGCCGAUUCGUAUUCCCGAAGACCCCACCACCGAACACACGACCUCCGAAAAGGUGACCACUCAAUCCCUAUUUGAACAAAUAUCGCUCAAAGAAGCCACAAUGAUCGAAAGCGGCUGUGAUAAUGUUGGCCAAAUGGAAUCCCGAUGGUAUUUGGAUGUGGCAAGUGGAGUGUGCAAAGAAUUCGCCUACUCGCAUUGUGGAGGAUCAUCAAACAAUUUCUUGGCCCGGACCGACUGUGAACAGUUCUGUGCCGCUAAAAAGGAAAAUCCUGUUGAGGUUUGUCUUCAAUCACCGGAUCCCGGUCAGUGUUCCUCAAACCAAACUAUGUGGUAUUUUGACCCGAAUGCGAGAGAUACGACCACCGAAAACGGGAAAGGAAUUUGUCGUACAUUCACUUAUACCGGUUGUGCUGGCAAUAGCAAUCGUUUUGCCACUCAUGCAUUGUGUGAGUCCAUGUGUGGGGCGUUCAAAGGCACCUACCAACAAGAUACCACGGAAGAAGAUCCCGAAGAGGACGAGGAGGAGGAGUUUGACAGUUCCAACCGUAGUUCAACCAUCGUACCGGAAAAUGAUAAUAAACCUGUGGAAAAGCCAAGCAGCACUGAGAUUGUCUCAAAUCGAGAGGCAAAUGGACGUCCAACGAAAAAUAAGAAUCAAUUUAUCGAUCCCCUAAACAUUGAUUUAGAACCUUGCCGACGUCCGCCGGAAACGGGACGAUGUCGUCCUCUGAAUUGUAGUAUUGCUCAAUGGGAACAAGGUCAGUGUGCCGGUUUCCACUUUCAGCGUUGGUUUUUCAAUGCGCACACAAGCAACUGUGAACCGUUCAACUAUACCGGUUGUGGAGGCUCGGAGAACACAUUCGAUGAUGCCGAGUCCUGUCAUUCGGCAUGCAAAGCACGAAUUGUCAGACCGGACAGAGAUCAGCGAUGUGAUUCACUCCCCCAUCAGACAAAAUGCUAUACUCUGUCGCUCAGUGGAACCCCGGGGGCAGAACAGAAAGAUAAUGUGAUCGCGUUUCAUUUCAGUGUGGCCAGUGCUACAUGCAAAGCGUUUCAACUGGACACCAGUCGACCGGGGUGUAGCAUGAAGCCGUACUUCUCAAACGGACAGGAAUGUAUCAGGGCGUGUGUGAAAUCCACCCCGACGGAAAGACAUCUGCAGAGUGAGUUUCGUCGUCCGUGA